AUGGAUCCGAUCUCCACGCUUUGGAAACUCGACACCGCGCACCAAGCCGACGCCUACCUGGCUAGUCUCACCACCCCAAUCCGCCUCCAAAAUUUCAUCGAAGGCGAUUAUUCAGAGUAUGCCGAGCCCACUGACCGUAUCGAUUCUUUCAACCCUCGGACCGGUGAAUUAUUGGCCCAGAUUCCUCGCAGUGCGCUAUCCGACGUUGAUCGCGCCGUGGACGCCGCCUCACGGGCGUUCCCGACAUGGUCGCGAACUUCACGACAAGAGCGAUCGGAAAUCCUCCUUCGAAUCGCUACUAUCCUGAACGAGAAGAAAGAGCUAUUUGCUGUCUGGGAGAGUCUUGAUCAGGGGAAGACGCUCAGUCGUGCUCGUGUGGAGGUUGACCGCGCGAUAUCAAAUUUCCGAUACUUUGCAACUUACAUUCUCCAUGAAGAAGGUGCUGUUCGAUAUGUUGACGGGCCGGUGUCGACGAUGACUUAUGAGCAUCGGUCGCCGGUGGGUGUUUUUGCCCUGAUAUCGCCUUGGAACAUGCCACUUUAUCUCUUGACAUGGAAGAUUGCUCCUUGCAUUGCAUUCGGAUGUACUGGAGUAGCAAAGCCCAGUGAAGUCACUAGUAUGACUGCAUUUUUGCUUGGAGAGGUCUUCCGACAAGCCAAACUCCCACCUGGCGUGAUGAACAUUAUCUUUGGAGAUGGGCCCGGUGCAGGCUCAGCUCUUGUCAAAUCUCCCCGUGUUCGAGGUGUCUCUUUCACCGGCGGCACGGCUACAGGAAUCCGCAUCCGACAGGAUACCGUGGCUGAUAUUGGCAAGCAUCUGUCACUGGAGCUCGGUGGGAAGAAUCCCACAUUGAUAUUCGACGAUGUCAACUUAGAAGAGGCUGUUCCACUAGCUGCACAGGCUGCAUUCGAAAAUAGUGGGCAGAUUUGCCUCUGCGGUUCUCGGAUCUACGUUCACCGCACUAUCUACGAGAAGUUUUUGUCGGCCUUUGUGGAUUAUGUCCAGGAAAAUUACCGCUGUGGAGAAACAAUUGGACCUGUUGUCUCACGGGAGCACUAUACCAAGAUAUCAUCCUAUCUCAAGCAAGCCAAGGAGGAAGGCGCCAACUUUCUUACAGGAGAAAUUCCUUCGGAAAUGCCACAGAAGGGCUUUUGGAUCACACCGACCGUGUUGGCCAACCUGCGAACCGAUAGUCGCAUUAUGCGCGACGAGAUCUUCGGACCAGUCGUUACAGUUUCUACAUUUGGUACAGAGGAAGAGGCCGUUGAACUAGCAAACGAUAAUCCGAAUGGACUGGCCAGUAUUCUAAUGACCAAGGACCUCUCUCGGAUGCGCCGAGUCGGAGAGCGAAUCGAUGCCGGGUUGGUAUGGGUCAAUUGUUGGCUAGUGCGUGAGCUUGGGACGGCAUUCGGAGGCAUGAAGGCAUCCGGCAUUGGCCGUGAAGGAGGAGCCCAGAGUCGGGAUGUUUUUACGAAUUUGCGAACUCUCCAUGUUCGAUAA